UACAUUUCCUUCCACAAGGAGGGCAGUGUGGGAAUCCGACUGACGGGCGGCAAUGAGGUGGGCAUCUUUGUGACGGCUGUCCAGCCGGGCAGUCCGGCCUCACUGCAGGGACUGCAGGUGGGCGACAAGAUACUCAAGGCGAACGGCACUGACAUGGGCACCUUCACUCGCGAGGAGGCAGUGCUCUACCUGUUGCGCAUUCAAGACAAGAUCGAACUGAUUGUGCAGAACUGCAAGGCCGAGUACGAGAGCAUCGUGGCCGGGCAAAAGGGUGACUCGUUCUACAUACGAGUGCACUUCAACUACGACAGCGACGGCGGCAAGGGAGAGCUCAGUUUUCACGUGGGCGACAUCUUCCACGUGGUGGACACACUGCACAAUGGCGUCGUCGGCUCGUGGCUCGUCUACCGACUGGGCCGCAACAACCAGGAGAUUCAGAAAGGCUCCAUUCCCAACAAGAGCAGGGCAGACGAACUGGCCACCGAGCAGAGGGCAGAGGGCCGCUCGAAGAAGUCACUCUCAGGAGGUGAUCUGGGCAGUGGCGAGGGCGGCGCCAGCAGUCGCCGGGGCAACUUCUUCAAGCGACGACGCAGUGCACGCCGCUCAAAGUCGCUCAGCAAGGACCACUGGGAAGACGUCAUCUUCGGCGACGGCUCCUCCAAGUUUGGCGCAUACGAGCGCGUGACGCUGAAGAACACCGGUUUCACGCGACCGGUAGUUUUCUUUGGACCGCUGGCGGACAUUGCCCGGGAGAAGUUUCUGCGCGACAAUCCGGAGAAGUACGCCUGUCCGAGGGCGCUCAGCGUCAACGACGACGAGGAGACGGCGUCAAAGCGAGGCAGCUCCUCCUCUUCGAAGGUGGCCACCUCGGGCAUCGUCCGCCUGUCGUCCAUCAAAGAGGUGAUCGGCGGCGGGAAGCACGCACUGCUCGACAUUACUCCGUCAGCGGUGGACCGACUGAACUACGCACAGUUUUACCCGAUCGUGAUCUUUAUGCGUGCGGAGAACAAGUCGAUCGUGAAAGAGCUGCGCUCUCGCUCCUCGUCUAAGAGCACCGUUCACCGCAGCUCGCGGAAGCUCUUUGAGCAGUCGCUGAAGCUGGAGAAACUGUGGCACCACAUCUUCACCGCCUCCAUCAACCUAACCAGCGGCGGCGAUACGUGGUACAAGAAACUGCACGAGACCAUUGAGAAGGAGCAGUCGAACACGAUUUGGAUGUCGAACACGAUUUGGAUGGCAGAGUCGAAGCCGGAGGAGAGCAUCUCCGAUGACUUUCUCUUUCCGAUGAUCUCGCGCCUCAGCUACGCUUCCUCGCCGGAAAGUGAUCUCGACGUCUCCACCAAUGACUGCUCACGACUGGACGAGGACGAUGAUGACGACCGGCCUGGCGGAAAGGACUUCCUUGGACGGGCCUCAUCGCCCGGCUCCUCUGGUCGCCUGGUGAGGGCCUCCAGUGACCCGAGCCUGGCUCGACCACUCGAACAGUCCAACAACGCCACUGGUGCAGGGGCGGUAGAGACUACUGACUCAACUGCCAGUACCACCACGCCAAAGAAUGGUAGUGCCAAAAAGGAGAGUACAAGCAAAGGGGUGAAUGAGUCGCCCAACCAGCGAUCGCCCAGCAAACAGCUGCCCCUGCACAUUCUCCUGCGAAAG